AUAAUUCAACAGUUGAUCCAAUAAAUAGGUUUGUCAUUGAGCCAUGCCAUGGCCAUGUUAGUUGGUACAAACUGGGUUCCUACUGGGUUAAGCAUUUCAACCAGAUGUUGGACUAUACGGCAGCUGAGGUAAAUUCUGACUUCUCUCGGGUUUUGGCCCACAUACCAAUUAUCUCUCAGUUAAAGGUAGACAUACAGUGGUGUGCCUCCCCACUGGGCACAGAUGUCAGUUCAAUGUCUAGUUUUGAUUUACAUUUUGAUUGAGUUGUCAAAUAACAUGAAUUAAAAGUGAAUAAACAACAUUUUGAACCAUGUCAAUAGAUUUAGGUUAAGCAUUGGGUGAAAAAAAUACAACAAUUCCUAUACUGUACGGUUAAUGACUUUUUACUAAUCCAGUCACUUUUCCACAUUGAUUCAAUGUCUUCAGAAGGGAAAACGUUGAUUUUUGUUGUUGAAAUUACAUGGUAACAACCUUGAUUUAAUAAGUUUGUGCCCACUGGUUCUGUAUCUAUGCUGUGCAAUUUAACACCAAAGCAUCAUUCAUUUGAAUCAACCCUAAAUAUGUUGUCUUUGUUUCCAUAACACACACACACACACACACACACACACACACACACAGACUCACUGCAAAUCAGAGAAGUCUGGUGCUCGUCUGGUAGCAGUCCACAAUGCUGAGGACAACAAUGCACUGGAUGAAUUCACUC